UCUCAAAGUUUCCAUGGCGGGGGAUGGGCUCUGGGUGAUCUCGAUAGCGAGGACGCAUUAUGUCGAAUCCUAUGUGGUGCUGUGCCAACUGUGCUUGUUUCGGUAAACUACAGACUAGCACCGGAGCACAAAUAUCCCACUUCCCUUGAUGACUGUGAAAUUGCCUACAAGUGGGCUGUGGACAAUGCGGACAUGUUUCACGGGGACAGAAGCCGAUUCUACUCCAUAGGAGGAUCAGCAGGGGGCAACCUGGCCAUUGCAACGGCUUUGAGGAUCCUUGAAUGGGAAGAACCGAGCAUCAAUAAGGGUAUUGUGGGGAUCGCACCAAUUACCAUUGAUCCCUCUGUCGUACCUGCUGAAUUCAAAGAACGAUUCGAAAGAUCCCUGGCAAACAAUAGAGACUCAUCUAUGAUUGACCUACAAGCUAUGGAGACUUUUCGGGCUGCGUACGGUGUCACAUCAAGAUCAGAUCCGUUCUAUUCGGUGCUUCUCCAUAAGAAUGUGGCGGCUCUCCCGACAACUUAUCUUGUCGCGUGUGAGAAAGACCCACUUGGCGAAGACCCUCGGAUUUUUCACGAGAUCCUCUUACGGUCUGGAAUCGCAAGUAGACUGGAUUACUAUGAAGGCUAUCCUCAUUAUUUUUGGACAUUCCCCGUACAGAAAACAGGGGAGUUUAUGGAGAAUCUCAUAUCUGGGGUAAAAUGGGUUAUUGAGUCGAUGCAUUAG